AUCAUGUUUUGAACAGAUUAAUAUAACACACAUGAUAAUAUUUGAUUUAAUAUUUGUACAAAAAAUACAUUUUUGAUAAGUAAGUGAUGUGACCUCCUCUUUACUACUUAAUAAAAUGUGUGUGUUUUAAUUCAAACACACCUAAAAACGGCAACAUGCUGCCCUGCAGGACACUUCAGGUGCAACCACUAGGAGCAACUUGGGGUUUUGUGUCUUUUGUGUCAAGAACACUUUGACAGGAGGAGCAUUAACUGGACAGGAAGAGGAAGUUCUCAGCUACAUACUUCAUAGUUGUUUUUCAGUCUGAUACUCAGUCAACAGGAAGACAACAUGGAGGUCACAACUCUCCUCUACAGACUGUUGCUGUUUGAAUGUAUUCUGAUGGGGACUGAAGUUCAGAACACCUGUACUCAGAAAAGUGAUGCAGUUUUUCUCCGUAUCCAUCCAAACAGACAGCAGCACUUUGAAUAUGACCCUGUCUCCUUUCAUUGUGAAGGAGGUGACGGUUCAGCUCAGUUAAGAGGAGUCAGGAGUUCAGAGGAAAUUAAUCCUGAAUGUCAACGUAAGAGGACAUCAACAGGGUUCGUCUGUACUAUCAGUAACAUCUAUGCAGCUGACAGUGGAGAAUACUGGUGUGAGACUAAAGGAGGACAGAGAAGCAACAGUGUCAACAUCACUGUCACUGCCGGUUCUGUGAUCUUGGAGAGUCCUGCUCUUCCUGGGAUUGAGGGAGACACUGUGUCUCUGAAUUGCAGAAGCAAGGCAAUUAUCCCUGAUCUCCAAGCUUAUUUCUACAAAGAUGACCUCCUCAUGGAAAACAGUUCUGCUGGAAAGAUGGCCAUAAUCAGCGUUUCCAAGUUGGAUGUAGGACUCUACAAGUGCAGCAUCCCCGGUGUUGGAGAAUCACCUGGAAACUGGUUUGCUGUCAGAGCUCUGCAGACAGAGACGUGUCCCUUCUUCUACCUUCUCCUCGUCUUAAGGACUGUUUUCACCAUUGUGCUGGUGACUCUGCUGCUGCUGCUGGUGGGACUGCUUCACUGUGGGAAACUCAGAGUUACACACAAAUAACUCAAACCUGUAUAAAUGUAGCAGACUGAUAAAUGUUUGACAGAGUGUCUUGGAAGCUUGUUUAAUCAUUACGAUCCACUGUCAUGCUUUGGAUCUCAGAAAUCUGGCAGAGACACUUAUAAGGGCAAUCAACAAGGUUUCAUGUUAUGUCUUCUGUCUGUUCUAACCUUUUCUAUUGUUAAUGUUUGGUUGUAAUCCGCUUUGUGCUACGUGUUCAGUCUUGCAGUAGCUGUUUGACGUUCUCACACUCGGACAAGGUUUGAAAACCACAGAGGUGCUGACUGCUGCAUCGACUAUUUUCAUAAAGCGCAGGUCAUUUCUCUCAGUCUGUGCAAAAGUUGUUGUGUGUUCUGUUUUAGUGUCACAGAUGCUGGUGAUAAUUUGAGCUCCUCAGACACAAACCACAUGAGAAAAUGUUUGUAUGUAGAUGAGGCGUUCAGGAGACGUCUAGCAGAAAUAAACAGUUAAAUAAACUAAAUAUUCACAUUAAACUACCUGCUGUGAUUCUGCAUCACCUGUG